GCAGCAGGGACUGAGGGGAACUGAUAAGGGCUCCAAUAAGAUCGGACGACAGUUAACUCUAGAUGGAGACCACAUCCUUGGAUGGCGUUGUCUUGGAAAGGGGGAAGCCAGCUGAAUUCUGAGCUAUCUCUCUACAAGAUCCCUUAUAUGAAGGGUCCAAUGCCUUUGUAGACGUUCUAGACGCCCGUCAAGUCUUCACCCGGACGGUCCCCAGUACCACCGCGAACACUCGAGCGCGACAGCCAUUCCGAGCCCUCCCCGCUAUCGAUACGGGUUCACUGUGCGUCAUCUCACAGGGCAACAGCCCCUCCGGACCGGCGUUGGAAGGAUCGGGACCUUGGUCGCGCGGGCUGCUUUCCCACCUCUUUCCUGUUCAACGUUACGGUCGGCGACUUCAACAGCUCCGCCACCAUGGCAGAGGAGCCAAGCUUCUUCCGUCGCGUUGCCGACAAGCUGGCCGUGGAGGCAGAGCCAGGGUUAACCAACGCGCAGUUAAUGUUGACGAACCAUGAUCUGAAGCCGGUUGAGCCAGCGCGCCGCCAAUGGGGCGCAUGGAACUUUGUCGGGUUCUGGAUUGCGGACGCUUUUAACAUCAACACCUGGAUGAUAUCGUCCUCAAUGAUCGUGGGAGGGUUAUCGUGGUGGCAGUCGUGGCUUUGCGUCUGGAUCGGCUACGCCAUCUCCGGCUGCUUCAUCUGCCUGACGGGUCGGAUUGGCGCAACCUACCACAUCGGUUUCCCGGUCGCCAGCCGAUCGUCCUUUGGGAUAUGGGGCAGCUUAUGGCCAGUCUUCAACCGGGCUGCUAUGGCAUGCGUCUGGUACGGUGUGCAGGCGUACAUUGGAGGACACUGUGUGUACAUCAUGAUCCGGGCGAUCUGGAAGGGCUGGGACCGCGACACGAUCCCCAACACCUUCUCCAAAGACUCUGGCACGUCCACAGCCGACUAUGCCUCAUUUUUUAUCUUCUGGUUAUGCUCGCUCCCUGCGAUAUGGUUUCCCGUCCACAAGAUCCGCCACCUUUUCACUGUCAAAGCGUACUUCGUUCCCUGCGCCGGCAUCGCCUUUCUCAUCUGGGCUGUUGUCCGCGCCGGCGGUGUCGGUCCGAUCGUGAGACAGCCCGCGAGGAAGCAUGGCAGCGAGCUUGCCUGGGAGUUUGUGAAGGGCGUCAUGAGCUCUAUCGCUAAUUUCGCGACCCUUAUCGUCAACGAUCCCGACUUUUCCCGUUUCGCUGUCAAACCGCGCGAUGCUCUCUGGUCGCAGCUCUUCACCAUCCCCAUCUCCUUCGCCGUGACCUCCUUCAUCGGCAUCAUCGUCUCUUCUUCCUCGUCCAUCAUCUACGACGAGGAUCCCAUCUGGGACCCGCUGGCCUUGCUCGAGCGCUUCGUCAAUGAGGGAGGCUCGGGGCAGCGCUUCGGCGUGUUCGUGAUCGCCGCGGCGUUCGCCCUCGCCCAGCUCGGCACCAACAUUGCCGCCAACUCGGUCUCAGCCGGGACGGACAUGACGGCGCUGCUCCCGCGCUGGCUGAGCAUCCGCCGCGGCGGGUACAUCUGCGCUGCCAUCGGCCUCGCCAUGUGCCCCUAUAACCUCCUCACGUCGAGCAACCAGUUCACCACCUACCUGUCCGCGUACAGUGUGUUCCUCUCGUCCAUCGCCGGCGUCAUCGUCUCGGACUACUACUUUGUUCGCCGCGGCUAUCUCGAGGUGAAGGAGCUGUAUGAUGCGCGGAAGGCCGGGCCGUACUACUACACCUACGGCGUGCACUGGCGCGCGUAUGCCGCCUACAUUGGCGGGAUUCUCAUCAAUGUGGUCGGCUUCGCCGGCGCAGUGGGAACCCCGGUGCCGAUUGGUGCGACGUACGUCUACAACCUGAACUUCUUUUGCGGGUUCACCGUCUCCGCGGGCAUGUAUUGGGCGUUGUGCAAGUUCUUCCCGGUCCCCGCCACCAGUGAUCGCUGGAUGGAGGUUGGCGAUGAGAUUGAUGAUCUUAGGGUUGCGUAUGACAACCAGAGCGGGAGUUUGGAUGGGGAUGACAUUGCCGAGGGAGGGAGUUAUAAUAAGGAUGUUGGGAAGGCGGUAUAAAGUUUAUGUGUUUUUGUUAUGAUACCAGGACACUUUGUCGAGACCUUCCGUAUUGAUGAAAUAGGAAUCGGGCAGCGAUGUACCAC